GAGCUCAGCCUUAUAAAUCUGCGCACGUUACCAGUAGUGGUUAUAACUCUUAUUCAUUCGUGCAUGUUAAGGAAUUAAUCGAGAGACCGUCAUGAUUUGGACAAUCCUUCUGCUACUCAACGGGAUCCUGUUCUUUUAUUUCCUUUCUAAUCGUACGCGUUCCAAAAGAGAACCACCUCUGGACAAAGGAGUUAUCCCAUGGUUGGGACAUGCGCUGAAUUUUGGAAAGGAUGCUGCCAAAUUUUUAACAAGAAUGAAACAGAAGCAUGGAGACAUAUUUACGGUUCGGGUGGCUGGACGUUACGUUACCAUCUUACUGGAUCCCAAUUCCUAUGACUCUGUACUUCAUGACACAAUAUCUCUAGACUUUUCCAGCUAUGCUCAGGUGCUGAUGGACCGGAUUUUUAAUCUGAGGCUCCCAAAUUACAAACCUGACACAGAGAAGGCCAUAAUGAAAAGGCAUUUCCAGGGCGAGAGCCUGUUAUGCAUGAAUAACGUCAUGGAGAACCACCUUCAAACACUGCUAACGUUGGAGUCAAAGGCCCUAAACCAGUCUGACUGGAAAGAAGACGGGCUCUUCCACUUCUGCUACAGCCUGAUGUUUAGGGCUGGAUAUCUCACACUGUUUGGUGGAGAACAGAACAACAAUUCCGCUGAUGCCGCCAAUGUAUAUACAGAAUACCACAGAUUUGAUAGUCUCUUGAUGAAGAUGGCUCGCAACACUCUAAAGUCCGGGGAAAAGCAGACCGCAGGCAUGGUGAAGCAGAAGUUGUGGGAUUUACUGGCACAGGCUGGAUUGAGGCAAGACUCCAGUUUAUGGAUGCAGAGUUACAGACGUCACUUACAGGCAGAGGGUGCUGAUGAGGAGACACAGAGAAAGGCCAUGCUGCUACAGCUCUGGGCCACACAGGGUAAUGUGGGCCCUGCUGCAUUUUGGCUCCUGGCUUUCCUGCUGACCCACGCAGAGGCCAUGAGGGCAGUGAGAAAGGAAUUUAGAAAUGUCACGGUGCCUGGAACCAACACCCUCAACCCCCAGGAGCAGACACCUGUGUUUGACAGUGCGCUGGAGGAGACUCUCCGCUUGACUGCUGCCCCUUUCAUCACUCGGGAGGUCCUGCAGGACAAGACACUGCGCAUGGCAGAUGGACAAGAAUACGAUCUUAGGAAGGGUGACCGUGUUUGUCUGUUUCCUUUCAUAAGCCCACAGAUGGACCCAGAAAUACAUCUUGAACCUGAGACAUUCAAGUAUGACAGGUUUCUAAAUGCAGAUGGAACAGUAAAAAAAGACUUCUUUAAAGGUGGGAGGAGGCUUAAGUAUUACACCAUGCCUUGGGGAGCAGGGACCAAUGUGUGCGUGGGAAAGCCAUUUGCUAUUCAGUCCAUCAGACAGUUUGUGUUUCUGGUUCUCCUCCAUCUGGACAUUGAGCUGCAUGACCCUGAAGCUCAGGUACCUGAAGCAGAUGUCAGUCGCUAUGGUUUUGGAAUGCUACAGCCUAACAAGGAGCUUCAAAUCCGAUACAAGCGCAGAGGGCACCCUAUUUUCCUAUAACAAUCCACCUGGACCAAUUACCCAGCUUAUCUAUACAUAUUUAUUAAACAUUGUUUUGAUAUUUUUUUUACAUAUGACUGUACAUAAUUUUGUAUAUAUUUGAAGACUUUGUAUCUUAUUAUUUGAGUUUGAAGGAUCUACAAAUGUGAAAUUAUUUAACAAAAUGAUUCACUCAUUUAUAGAAUUUCAAAUAAUGUGGAACCUUCUCUAUGGCUCGGUUAUAUAUAGUUAUAUAUUCAUAACUAUAGUGUCUGGUUCUGACCAUACAUGCAGCAUAAAUGUUUGAUUACAGGCUGAUCACAGAGCUGAUGGUUCUAAUACCUGUACCGCCUCACUACAGUCUGUCACUGUGCCCUUGUAGGCACUAAUCCUAAAGCUGCACUAAAUAAGAACAUGAGGAUUCCCUAGUUAGACUGGUUAGACCCUUGUCAUGAUGCUUCUUGAAUUAUAUAAACUUUAUUAAAGAGUUUUGACUGAAACCAAAAUGUUUCUUCAAAAUUAUGCAUUCUUCAUACAUUCUUAAGCAUGACUAAAACUGAAUACUGCCUUUGUAUUCAUUUCUCAUUUUGUUCAUCCUGACUUAUACUCAUGUUUCAGACUCCAGGUUGCCAUAAACUAAUAAAAGGUGACAGUUUUUCA